GCCUGGGCUGGACGCGCGGCCCGGGAGCCCGCACCCGACUCCCCGGCCCGCGGUGACUCCAGGCCGAGCGACCCCCACAGCCCCGAGGGACGAGUUCCCGCCGCGGGGCCUGCGGAAUCGGAGCCAGCCGUGCGGGGCGGCGCCUCCAGGUUACAUGUUCGCCAUCCAGCCAGGGGUAGCGGAGGCAGGGCAGUUCCCGGGGGGUCCGCCUCCGGGAGCAUGCCAGCCCCAGCUUCAAGCAGACAGCAACUCCAACUUCAUGGCUAGUGCCAAGGAUGCCAAUGAGAACUGGCAUGGGAUGCCAGGCCAAGCGGAGCCCAUACUCAGGAGGAGUUCCUCUGAGUCGUCCUCUGACAACCAGGCCUUCCAGGCCUCUGGACUCCCUGAGGGAGAGGUCCGUAGCCCCCCAGAGGGUGCAGAGAUCCCUGGAGCUGGGCCUGAGAAGAUGGGUGGUGCCGGCACAGUCUGCUCCCCUAUGGAGGACAACAGCUAUGCCAGCAGCUCCCUGAGCACUAACAGCCCUAGCAGCAGCCCUGAGCCUGCCUGUGGGACCCCUCUGGGCCCUGGUCCUCCAGAUCCCCCUCUGCCCUCGGUGGCCCAGGCUGUGCAGCAGCUGCAGGCUCAAGAGCGCUACAAAGAGCAAGAGAAAGAGAAGCACCACGUGCACUUGGUGAUGUACCGUCGCCUGGCCCUGCUCCAGUGGAUCCGGGGCCUGCAGCACCAGUUGGUCAACCAGCAGGCCCGUCUGCAGGAGAGUUUCGACACCAUUCUAGAUAACCGGAAGGAGCUUAUCCGCUGUCUCCAACAGAGGGCAGCACCAUCCAGGCCCCAGGACCAGGGCUAAGGGUGUCCCUCUACAGGGGCGCAGGGGUGUAUGUAUAUAUUUGCAGGCAUGUGUGUGGUUGUGCACAAGUAAGUACAGAUUAUUUGCUGGUAUGAGUGCUGGGGAGCAUAAGUGAAUAUGUCAGUGCUACAUGUAGGCAGAUGUGCACAGGCGUGUGUGAAUUAGCACCUGUGCGUCAGCAUGUGUGCAAUGUGGACACACGGGCCAACUUUUGUGCAGGCCUAUGUGUGAGUUUGUACAUGUGUGUAUAUGUGUAUGUAUGUAAGAGGGAGUAAAUUUGUGUAUGCACAUGUGGACAGAUACCCCACAGUAUAUGUAUAUGUGCAUGAGUGAAGAUAGAUAUGCAAAAGAUGUGUGUUUACAUAAAAGUUUGAGUGUGCAGACUUGUAGUGGGUGUUUGUGAGUGAGCCGUUGUGUGUGCAGGCCUGUGUGUAGGGGGUGCAUGUGUGCAGGUGCAGGCAUGGGAAGUGUAUAUUAGGACCAUGUAUAUUUGCAGGCUGACUCACAAGCAAGUGUAUGCAAAUACACGUUCAGUUGCACAUGUGGGGCAUCCAUCCACACCCUGUGUACCAUCGCCUACACUAGCCUUUUUUCUCCACAGGGUCCCGCUGCUCCCUGGAGAGAGGGCUAGCCUGCUGUCAUUUAUCUGAAGGUUGUGGCUAAUCCAUUCUCCUGGGAUUUCUCAGGCCACCUCUCCUUACCCCUCCCCCUCACUCCUCCCAGACCUUGCUCUGCUAAAGGCUGCUGUCCCUGGUGGUGGAUUUGCUAUAGGAAGUUAGGUGGUUGUUCUGACCUGAAGUGGCUUGUGGCUGCAAUUUUGCCAAGGUAUUUGGUAGAGAAUUAGUAUCAGGGAAGCAAGCUGGGGUGGUGAUUGACGCCAUGGCAGGGAUGGGAGUGGGAUCAGAGAAGAAGAUAAGGGACUGUCCCUCUUGAACUCUGCCACAUGGGAGACAGGGCUGGGGGAGGUGACGAUGGCAGAACCUUGUGAAGACUAGGAGAAUGGAAAUUCUAACAUUCCAGUUCCAAACAAAUCACACCUCUCCACUGCAAAGGAGCUGUUGCAAACCAUAUUGACUUAAGCUUCUGAUAAAAAAAGAAUCUGUGUUAAUAUAGUGUUAUCUGUCAAUUACACCUCAAUAAAAAAGAAAAAGGAAAGGAAUGUGUGCUUUAUAAGCUUACAAGGAAUAGAUAGUUGUCCCAAGGCUGUUGGGGAAAAUCUCACUUCCCUUUCUGUGCCUCUACCUGCUGUGCCUCUCUGGCUUUAGCAACACUGGAUAUCAAAUUAAUUUGAUCCAUUUCCCUGAAAUCAGACUGGCUGAGCCAAGAGGAGCCACAGUUCAUCUUUCCAGGGUGGGCAGGUGGUAGUGUCGGCCUAGCCACUGGAAGCUCUUAGGAUGCUGGGUUGUAUCCUCCUCUGUCACUGCAUGGCCCUUUAAAUGGGGUUGACAUGCUCCAGCAGGGGCUCCGAGGACUGGGUGAGUUCUGGGGAGAACCCAUGACUAAGGUAGCCGAGCUCUCUGCUUUGCUUCUGGGAGCCAAGACGAUGCAACAUCCUAAAAGGUGAGCAGUGGCACGGGAGGUCACUGAUGCUGCCCUUGGUCCUGUGUCUCCCUGUCUGUAAAAUGUGUGGGUGGUGGGUUAAACGUAUAGGGAAUGAGGCUGAAGAAAUGGCACUGGGUACUUUGUGUCUCACUCCUGCAUGUUGAGUGUGAACCUUGCCUCUGGACCAACCAGGACAAAUAAACUGGGGCAAAGAUAUGUA